UUUCUUUAAUACAUUUAACUACUAUUAUUAAUUAACAAUAUUAUUAUUAAAUUUUCUUUUCACGAACCCCUCUGCUUCAUCUUCUCGCGAGCAUCUCUGAGAAUAUCUUUGUGAAACCGUCGUUUGACGGCAACUAAGAAUUUCUUUGUUUUCUGAAGGCGAAUAAGGAAACAGUGUAAAGAGGAAAAAAAAUUGCGGAGAUAUCUUGGAAACUCCUCUAACUCCACGCCGUAUUUUUCUUAUGCUGUAAUAUUUCAACACAAAAAAUUGUAAACAGACUGUUUUCUUUCAAAUUUAUACCGGAAAGGAAAAGGUAGCCGUCGAUCGCUCCCUUUACUCGUGAGUGUUUGGUCUGAACUUGGUAUCAAGGCCCGAGAUUCCUAAUAUGGAAGGGCAUACAAGUCGGAAUGAUUCCUUUCCUGAAACAUUUGACUCAAACCAAGGGUCUCCUAACAGUUAUGUGGAUCGUUUGGCUUCUCUUGGUAACAGGCUCACUCCAGUUGAAAGUAGAUCGUCAAAUCACAUGCUUGCCCUCCAUGAUGGAAGUAUUAGACGCACAAGUACCCCUAGCACUCGUGUUCAGACAAGUAGAGUCUGGGACCGUGGCGAGUCCAGCUCUACUGGAAAUAACCUGCAAGAACAAACAAUGGAUGAUGAUUCAAAAAUGAAGUUUGCGUGGUAUUCCUCUUCUGUGUCUGAUAUUGGGCCAGAAGAUGGACCUCCUGAACCGUCAACUACUAUCAGUCCUAGUUAUGUCGGAAAUCAAGUGACUGACACAUUCCAUCCACUGACUUUUCGACAAAACCACAGGCAUUUUAGCGAGAAUAGUCAUUGCCCUAGUGGUCUAGGGGCAGGGCGAUCUCACACUCUUUACGAAUCUGGUCGUGCUGGGACAGAGGAGAUUCUGGUCCGUUAUGCUUCUUCCAGUAAUCUAGGAAGUUCUUCCUUUAGUUCUAGCCCUUCUAUAGAAAAUAAUGAUGUAUCAGGCCCGUCUCUUGGUACUUGGGGUUCAUCUUGUAAGAGAAAGGCUCUUGAAGGUAGUUCACGACACUUUAACCCCGGUGGAAGUUCUAAUUCCAACCAGCCGAUGGAGAACGUAGUACAGCAUCCUGUUCCUGGCCGUUGCACUGCCUCAAGAAAUUUAACUACAUCAUUAAGUGUGUCUUCUGCUGAUAGAUUGGAACAGCUGAAUUCAAGAAGUGGAGUUGGUACUGGUAGAGUAUGCUCUGGACGUUUCACUUCUUCAAGUGUUCGAGGAAUUACACAAAAUCCGGUCAUUUCAAGGUCAAGUAGUGGGCACCAGGAAACGGUUCCGUCAGAUCCAUCUAGAGGCCCUUCUAUUGAACAUUCGACCUUAUAUGGAUCGCAGCCACAGUCACAGCCUAUCUCAAACUCCUAUGCUUUGGACUUGAUGUCACCAAUGACACUGCCGUUGAAUCUGAACAAUACCCUGAGUGAACCUUUUGUUGAUGUAAAUGAGGCUGGUCGCACACAUCGUCACCCUUGGAAUGAAUCUCUCAGCUCUCGACCUGGCAGUUCAUCUAGUUCUUUGUUGCUAUCUGGAGAAAGAGGUUAUAGAGCAGAUGAAGAAGCAAAUCUUAGAAGCUCUGUUAGACAUAAUCCACAGUACCCCACAAUUGUUCCUGCUUCUGAUACAAUAAAUAUGUUUGAAGACCAAAUUGAUUGGAGUUUUACCCCCGGAACUUCAGCACCUUCUAGAAAUUAUUAUGGUGCGCGGUCAUCUUCCACUGCAUGGUCGCCUCAUGGAAACCAGACAUCACAAGAUCAGCGAAGAUCGCUAGAAUCUGCUCAUUGGAUUCCUUUCCCAAGCAUUGAAUCUAUUUCUGGAAGCCAGAGGAGUCCCUUUGCACCGUUGCAUCUGGCCUCAGCAUCAUCCGAGAGGGCAACCCCGAGUCACUUACUGCAUCAGUCAGAUCAAAGACCAUCAUCAUUCUUGAUGGAUGCACGAGGUGAUAAUACUAAUAGUCGGAAUGUUUUAGCAGCUGUUGAGGGCAGACACAGACUGAUUCGUCAUGUCUUGAGUGCCAUGCGGAGGGGUGCUCCCUUACGAGAUGAGGAUUAUAUGCUUAUCGAUCCUUUUGUAAAUGGAUUUGCCGAGUUGCAUGACCAAAACAUAGAUAUGAGGCUUGAUGUUGAUAAUAUGUCUUAUGAGGAAUUACUGGCUUUGCAGGAGCAAAUAGGCAAUGUGAGUACUGGACUGAGUGAGGAAAAGAUUCGAGGCUCUAUGAAAAAGAGGAUGUGUGGAGCAGUUAAAGCCUCGCAGGCGAUGGAACCAUGCUGUAUCUGUCAGGAGGAUUAUGUUGCUGGUGAUGAUAUUGGGAUAUUGGAUUGUGGGCACGAGUUUCACACGAGUUGCAUCAGGCAAUGGUUGAUACUGAAGAACAUAUGUCCAAUCUGCAAAAACACGGCCUUGGGAACUUGAAAGGCGAACGCCUUUUCUAGACUGCCGGUGCCGGGCGAUCAAGAAUGGUCGCACCCCUUCCUUGUUUUGGUUAGUGUGCUUUGAUUCACAAUCUGCUCACUUGUUGCCAAUGCCCUGGAAUGGAGUAUUAGGUAGACAUUUGAUCUCUAUUUACCAAAAUGGAAAAAGUUAAAUAAAUCAAUUUAUAUGUUGUUUUACAUAAUCAUACAGUUGUGGAUCUUGGUUUUGUUGGAUAUGUUUUGGAAUAGUUCAAUUUGAUUA